UAAUACGAGAGCGAUAGAGAGGGAGGAGGUUGAGGGAGAGAGAUCAGAGCAUCGAGUCCGAGUUUGUUAGCCUCCGUAGGUUUGGUCGCCGGUUUGCUGCUUUGGACCUGUGGGACAUCUAAAUACAGACCUUCGGGCUUUAUUUAAAGGACAACAUACUUAUAUUUACUGGAAAAAAAUAUAUUUAUUGCCUCGUUCAAGCCAGCUAGCGCCGUUGGCUAGCAGCAUCGACAAAGCUACUAACGUUCACUCGCCGUCGAGCUGAGUUUGUUCGGGGUUGUCGCUCAGAAUAAACCGACCGACUUUUUAUGAAUUAAACGCGAGGGUUUUGUGGUAAGGUGUUUAUCUAGCUAACGGCAUUAGCUUACUUUCCUGUUACCAAGCCUUGUGCCUCGUUUUCGCCCCCCGUUUUUUCGCCAGGCAGAGAUUUUUGGUCAGUCUGCGCCCUGAUUUGGAGUUAGCGAGCUUAGCUUAGCCGGCUAGUUCGGACUCGUUUGGACGGGCGUCGCUUGAAAAGCAGCACCUCUAAUUAGAAAAGCUGAUUUAGACCAGCUAAAUUACCCCCCCAGUAAAUCUUGGCGAGGUAGCCAGGUAUUUUGACAAGGGCUGCAGACUGCUGAAAAGAGAAAAAUGGCCGGAGUUAACAGUGUGGAGGCGGUGAAGCGCAAGAUUAAAGUUUUGCAGCAACAGGCAGACGAAGCCGAAGAGAGAGCCGAAGUCUUGCAAAGACAGGUCGAAGAGGAGAAACGAGCCAGGGAGCAGGCGGAGGCGGAGGUGGCCUCUCUGAACAGGCGUAUCCAGCUGGUUGAGGAGGAGCUGGACCGAGCCCAGGAGAGACUGACCACAGCGCUGCAGAAACUGGAGGAGGCAGAGAAGGCUGCGGAUGAGAGUGAGAGGGGCAUGAAAGUGAUUGAAAACAGGGCCCUGAAAGAUGAAGAGAAGAUGGAGCUGCAAGAGAUCCAGCUGAAGGAGGCCAAGCACAUUGCUGAGGAGGCUGACCGCAAGUAUGAGGAGGUGGCUCGUAAGCUUGUCAUCAUAGAGGGAGAUCUGGAACGUGCAGAAGAAAGAGCAGAGCUUGCAGAAGCCAAAUGUGCGGAAUUGGAGGAGGAGCUGAAAAAUGUCACCAAUAACUUAAAGUCCUUGGAAGCCCAGUCGGAGAAGUACUCCCAAAAGGAGGACAAGUAUGAGGAGGAAAUCAAGAUCCUGUCAGACAAGCUGAAGGAGGCUGAAACCCGUGCUGAGUUUGCUGAGCGUUCAGUGACCAAGCUUGAGAAGACCAUUGAUGAUUUGGAAGAGAGGCUCGCCACUGCCAAGGAGGAGAAUGUCAAGAUCCAUGCCACGCUGGAUGCUACCCUGCAGGACCUCAACAACUUCUGAAGUCCACAGGCCCUCUUCUUGCCCUCAAACGUCUCACCUGUACCUUUUUCUACCCAUUCCCCCCACUCUCGUCAUUGCUGGGUGGCUGUCUUGGCUGAACAAGGGCAAGUUGCUUUUUGGUAUAGGUAGCACUUGGCUUUAUUCCUUACUUCCUGACCACAGCCCUCAGUAUCUGAAGGCUCCCCUUCAAUUUUUGUUUUGCAUCUAGCUUUAUGUAGGCCUGCCCCCCCUUUCUUUAAAUAGGACAGCAUAUGCUCAUGCACCAAUGUCUUAAGCUUGCUACUCUGUUAAAAUAUUCCUUAUUUGAUUCAUUCCUGCAAUUAUGUGCAAUUAAGUAAUUAGGUAACGUGAUGUGUAAUGGAAUGGCUCUUGUUUGAUUGCCAGGUUGCUGGGUUUGCUCUGUUCUGCUAGUUUUCCUGUCCCACAGUGCAAUGUUAAUACAACAGAGAAAGAACUGGAAAGGUCAUAGUGCAAAACAUUAUUAAUCCUCAUUCCACACGCUUUGUCACUCUCCUAUUCCUUGUAACUGCUGAGCUCUUUGCCUAGCCCCACUCAUUUUAACACUUACUAAGCAGUUGAUCACCGUUUAUUUUACUGUGCCAAUGCACAUCAUGUGGGACCAUUAUACUGUUCUCUUAGAUAUACGUUUUGUUAAGACAGGGUUAACAUCAGUUUCUUAAGGAAGCAAUUACUCUUGACUUGCCUACCGAUUUUUCUUUUUUAAAAACAAAUUCCAGAACGAGCCACAAUUUACUAGACCAGCUCUUGGCGGUUUUCAUGUAACCUUUCCAUUUCUUUUCAGAGGAGGAUUUAUGGUUUUGGUGUAGGGCAACACUAGACGUCAAAUGAUCUUCUUUUACCUGAAGUGUCAAUUGCAGUUAAACCAUCAGGAGCCUUUGUCCUCUUCAGGUGAAGGUUUUUCCCCCUCUCUCCAAAGCUCACAAGAGGGUUGUAGGGAGAGAUAAGGGGUCUUCACAUUCCACUGCCAAAAUGGAGGUUAAAGGGCCAAUAAGGAGGGCAAGAGGGAUGAGCAGACUUUAAAGGUAUUAUCUGAGCAUCUCAUCAGUGUAGUUUCUAUUAUGCUCUGGAACAGAAAACAAACCAUUGCAUUUAAAUAAGGACAUCGAAGCACCAAGAACCUUUUUAACUGGAACAUAAAUUGCGAAGUUAAAGAUGUAAACAUUUUGCUAUCAAGUGUUUCAUUGUAAUAAUGACCGAUCAAAAUUUCUUUUUUAAUAAAGUACCAUAAUACUUAUUCA